AUGACAACAAAGAUUGGGUCCUCCGGACUGAAUUUCACUGAACCUCCCCCUGAUCUCAUUGAUGGGGAGGAACACCACAAAGUGGAAGCUAUCCUCCAACACAAGGGUACUGGAUCACGUCAUUGGUACCUUGUGUCAUGGGUAGGCUAUCCUCCCUCCGAACGAAUGUGGCUCCUAGAAACAGAACUGAAAUCGCCCACCAAUGGCUUGGCCUUGAUGGGUCAAGAAGGCCUUCCAUCAGCACUAUUUGAGGAAGGAAAUGUGCCUAUUGGGAAGCGGUCAUCUGUGACCCCUACCUUCAGAGGUGUGGAUGCCUUGACCAGCGACAUUACUAGGGUCGACCUAGCCAGGGACAUGUCCCUUAACACCAUAUCCACCCGAUACAACCAAGGCAAGAUCAAGCAAGCUCUGCUAAACUUGCUUGAACUUAGGAACUUCCAUGCCACUGUCAUGGCUGUCAAGGAGGAGCGGGCAUUCGAUCCCCCUCCCGACCCAGUCGAAGUUGUUGAGCGUGCUAUCUAUGACAGAGCUCUGACUCCCUGUCUCCCUCAGCCACACUCUGAAACCCCGGAGCCCAUCCCCAAUGUCACCCAGCUCACAAACCCCAAAAUUGAUCAUCUCUAUGAAGAGUAUGAACGCGAACACUACACUCCACGUAACCCCACUCCCAACUUCGACACUAUCUCCAUCACCAUCCCUAAAUUGGAUGAGUGUACCCCUGAACCUCCCACUGUCAAUCCCGAUGAUUGGGUACCCACAGACGUAGUACCACACCUUUCCAUCAGCUCUCCCCACACUCUUCCUACACCUCGACAUAGGAACCGACACCCUCGGGCAACCUCCGUCCUAAGUUUAGGACUUCCACUUUCCCAUGCACAUCGUCCGCGCAUACAGAACUACACCCGCCACUUCACUCGCGAAGAGGCAUAA